CAGCUGCUUCAAAAACAGCUGAUUUUAUGAAAUUGAGGUUAAUUUGUCAAAUGUCAAAAAUCGUAAGCAUUUAAUAUUGAUCAAGGUUUUGUGUUAUUUGGCUAUUGAUAUCGUUAAGAAUUGUUUCUAUACAAUUGUAUUAUCUCAUGUAUCUCUUUUUCAAUAUAAGGAUUGAAUCCAGGCUUAUUACGUGCCAUUAUCAAACUCUAAAUUGAGGAUCGGUUUCCACAUUUCAGCAAAAGAUGUGUAUGAGUUGCUUCACAUGUGCUUGUAUGCGUCCGCGCUACAAGCGCCUAGUAGACAACAUUUUCCCUCCCAAUCCUCAGGAUGGGCUUGUAAAAAAUAAUAUGGAGCAGUUGACAUUCUACUCACUCUCUUCGCCAGAGAAGCUAGACCGUAUUGGUGAAUAUCUCUACCAGCGAGCGUGCCGUGAUCUCUCAAGAAAGCGCAAUGGGUUUGUACUUAUUGCAAUGGAAGCAAUGGAUCAAUUGCUUGUGGCUUGUCACGCACAGACUCUGAAUCUCUUCGUCGAGAGUUUUCUCAAGAUUGUGCAGAAACUGUUGGAAUCAACCGAACCAGAUCUGCAAGUUCUAGCCACUCAGAGUUUCGUCAGAUUUGCCAAUAUAGAAGAGGACACGCCAUCCUAUCAUCGUCGAUACGACUUUUUCGUAUCGAAGUUUUCGUCAAUGUGCCACAACAACCACGGAGAUGAUGCCACAAAGGAUAUGAUACGGCUGGCAGGAAUAAGAGGAUUGCAGGGUGUAAUCCGGAAAACAGUAUCAGAUGAUCUUGUGGAGAAUAUUUGGGAGCCUGUGCAUAUGGACAAAAUUGUUCCUUCACUUCUCUACAAUAUGCAAGAUUCAAGGUACUUGAAGGGCAUGGAGCCGCACAGCCCUGAACCGGGCGAGGAGAAGAAUUCACCACCUCAGCUGGCCGAGACGUGCAUCCGUGAACUGGUUGGGCGGGCCUCUUUCGGACACGUCCGAUCUGUUUUGAAACCUGUGCUCAGGCACCUUGAUCUUCACAAUUUGUGGGCUCCAAACCAGUUUGCGAUUCACACUUUCAGAAUAAUCAUGUUUUCAAUCCAGUCUCAAUACUCUUAUGCUGUGGUUGAAAGCCUCAUGCUGCAUCUGGAUGAAAAUUCAAAAGCAGAGCCGAAGAUUCGAACGAGUAUUGCUGAUGUACUUUCAAAAAUAAUCGCCAUAGCUGCUGAAGAAAGUGUCGGUCCAUCAGUGCUGGAGAUCAUCAACUCGCUGCUGACACAGCUGCGGACGUCGGUGGGGCGGGGGGCGGGUGAGCCUGGAGGCGGUGGGGGCGGUGAAGAGCAGGCCUACCAGGAGGCGCUGAUCAACGCACUGGGCGAGUUCGCCGCCCACCUGCCCGACUACCAGAAGAUCGAGAUCAUGAUGUUCAUCAUGAGCAAAGUGCCCUACAUCAAGCAGCAUGGCGGCAGGGCCAUGGACGACUGUCUCCUACAACACAUGCUGCUCAAGUCUCUGCUCACUGUGGGGCGUCGCUACAACUCGGUGUCGAUGAACACGACAUUCCCGGCGUCGUUCCUGGAGCCGCUGAUGCGCAUGUCCGUGGCGCGCGACGCAGAUCUGCGUCUGCUCGUGCAGCGCAUCCUACACACGCUGCUCGACCGCCACGACAACCGCCACAAACUCACCAAGCCCACUGUUUGCGUGAGUGACCUUGAGUUGGUGGUUGAGAAGUGCUCUCGCCCGGACGCGAUAUUCGCUCGCAAGAAUGUGCCCGAGUUGUUCCACUGCCUGGUCGAGGGUCUGCGGCUCGAGAACAACUCGGUCGAGAACGUCGAAGCUGUCUACACUACCCUGGCACUCAUCGCCAUUGAGCUCGCUUGCGAUGACGUGCUUCCCGACUUCCUCAACAUGAUACUCGAUAUUCAGUCAAGUGCUCUGGACAAAACGACUGGACUGGCAGCUGCUCAACGCUACAGCCUGCAUGCAGUUGCCAUCAGCCUCUUGGUGCUGCUGCCUCACGUUGUCAUCAUAUCGCCUCUUAGCGAAUAUGCCGAAAAGGUGGUGACAGCUCGACAAGAGCAAGACCUGACGCACCUGUUGCCCGAGUUAUUGGUCCACUACGAGGUGAAGCAGCCGCCGCCAAUGAGCGAUGCAGCCGCGGCUCGCUCGCCCGUGCCUCAGGCGGCGCUCAUCGACCGCCAGGCGCUCGCCGACUGUCUCAAGGACGCUGGCCUCGACUCGGGUCACAUCACCAGCGCUAGUGUCGCGCCUCACAGGCACAGCUGGGUGGAAAGUGCAGGUGUUACUUUGAAAGGUAGUGUCACCGACCUCACUAAUAUGGAAUUGGAUAGUGCAUCUUCAACUCCAGGCAUCCAACGGAAAUACCCUGAAGAAGAGUUGACAUUUGAGGCGAUGAAGCGCGUGCUGGCUGAGAGCAGCGAGGUGAAGCGCGAAGCUGAAGCGCUUCGUCAGAAGCAGCUGAACGAGGCAUUCCGAGCCACCACCUUCUCUGAGUUGAUAACCAAUAACACAACUUCGGAGGAGGAGAGUUUGCAGGCGAAGCUGAACGAUCUGUUCUCGCGCAUGGCGAGUGGCCUCUCGACACCCAUGACUCCCUCCCCCGCCUCCAGUCACUCCUCCACGCACACACACCAGCACCCGCAUCAGCAGGGAGCGACCCCUGUGCCCGUCUACGAGCUCCUGUUCCCCGAAUUAUUCGCCUACUAACCAAUAUCUCCUGCUAUCUAUCCGUUGCUACAUAGUCAACUCUCUACCAAGCUUAGCAUUUAUUUCACUAGGAUUGUCUUGAAUCAUUCAAAACUAUGCUCGACUGUUUGGUAAUCAUUCAAAUAGAAUGUUUUACAGUUAGUUGGGCCUUGAUAAUUCCAAGCUGAAACCAAAAGUAUUAUCAAUUUAUUGUUGCAUUUAGUUGUGGGGUUUUAUAGGGAUAACCAGAACAGUUUACAUACUUAUUAAUGGGAAAUCAUUGAAAUGAAACGUUGUUCAGUUAGUUGGACCAUCAUAACUCAAAACUAAAAUCAAAUCUGUCAAUUCAUGGUUGCAUUUAGUUCUUGGUUUUUUCAGGAUAACAUGGAAUAGUUUUCAUAAUUUUCAAUGGGAAAUUGUUGAAAUGAUAUUUUUCAGUUAGUUAGACCAUUAUAACUCGAAACUAAAAUCAAAUCUAUCAAUUCAUUGUUGCAUUUAAUUGUUAGGUUUCCGAGUAUGACAGGGAUCCAAGUAACCAAAAAAGGUUUUCGUGUUUAUUACACGUUCUUACAGUGCUUCUGUAAGAAGUAGAAUAUUUAUAAGGAAAAAGGAGGUCUUUGAAAUCUCAACUAUCUAGAAACGAAGUCUGAUUGAUGAUAUGUGAGAUAUUAGGUCUGACAAUAGACCUAAUUAAUUGAUAGUUUAUGUUUAUUGACAACUAGAGAACCACUCCUUCAAGUAAAUUUGUAUUGGAACAAAUAUCUCUACUUUACUAGACCCUUCAUUCCGAUUGCAGUAUAUUAGAAUGGGUUGACAUUAGGAGAAUAGCCUAGCGUUCUCAUCACCCUAAAUGUUCUAGAAAUCUUGUAUCGUGAAAUUUGACGGAGCAUUUACCAUCUAUGAGAUACUUAACUAUUAGAAAAUAUUAUAUUCAACUAUCAAUUCUUUAUUGAAUUGAAAAAUAGCAAACUUUUAAAAUUUGACCUGAAUUGCAUGUAUAUUAUACUUCUCGAUUUUGUAUGAUUUUUACAAAAAUGUGAUCAUUGAAGAAUAGCAAUAAUAUUAUUAUCACCUGAAAUUUAGUUUGUUCGCAGCAGCCAAGUUUUCAAAUUUUGGCUAGGCAGCAAUGUCAGGUCUUGCCAUACCUGACAAUAUUUUUGAUUAUUGGGUGUAUUUUUGUAUGUUGGUUUUUUUCUAGAUUGAAGCUCAAAUACCAUAUUGAUCAAUUUGGGAUUGGUGAAUGGUGUUUAUCAACUAGCACCAGGCUACUGUACCUAUACUUUAUGAUUUGUUGUAUAAAUGUUAUGUAUCAUUAUUGUUGAACUAUUUAUCUAUAGUUAUACAUAACACAUGUUGAACUAGUUAUGCAUACUGUUUGAAAUAUUUGGCAAAAAUAUAGCCAUAAUAUAUUGUUUUGUUUUCGAUUGUUAUAUUCAGAUUAAUAAAUCAUGAAUUUGGAAACCAUU